AUGGCUGCUGAGUUCGCCGACCCUGACGACGAGCAGUAUGACUCUCUCUUGCAGCGUGCACUGACUUUGCUUCUCGCGCCUGUCCGUAUCCUGACCUCCCGCACCGCUGUCAAAGCCUAUCUCAGUACCUUUCUUUUCCUGACCGCGUCAACCAUCCUUAUCACUGUGUCCUCGACCGCAUACGGACUAUUUUACUACAAGUACAUCCCUCAGAUCAAUCUUGAGCGGGAGCUCUACUUACAAUAUAUCGAUGGCGCGUACCCUUAUGCGAUCACGGCCUUGGACACUUCGGCGUUGGUAUCGCAGCAAGCAUAUGAUGUGGAAUUGAUCGUGAACAUGCCCAGAACACCAGUCAACCUUGAGGCCGGGAAUUUCAUGCUGGACUUGUCACUGCUUGGUCCUGGCGUCAAUGCAAAGAACCUCCCAAACAGUGUGACAUCCUGGUUGACCAACAUCACCUCAGACAAUGUCCGAUACCAUUCUCGCCGCCCCGCCAUUCUCCCAUAUUCCUCGCCCAUACUAUCAAUAAGUCACACAUUUUUGCACUUGCCGUGGCAUCUAUUGAACCUACGGGAUCUGGAUGCCUCGCACUUGGUCGUGCCCAUGUUUGAAAAGCUCUCUUUUCCCCGAGGAACACGUCAUAUUCCAACGCAUGCGAGACUGGAACUUCAAUCUACCACCGUCCUGCAGGUGUACGAUGUCAAACUGGCUUUCCGGGCCAAAUUCCAGGGUUUGCGGUAUUUGAUUUACAACUACCGUAUCACUGCUUUCAUGAUUUUUACUGCCGCAUUCUACACAGUCAGUGUUGCCACUAUGGCACUUGCCUGGGCAGCCAUCUCGACAUUGAUAUCACCCGGCGAGAAGCAGAGCCAAAAAAUGCAGAACCUCAAACAACAAGGGCAGAUCAAAGCAGAGCCGGAAUCUGCUUCGGCUGCCACAGUCAAGAUGGAAGAUGACGCCGAGUCUUCGACACACGGGUUGUCGUUAUCCAAUCUCUCUGAUACCGCUACACACUUUCCAACACUAAAAGGACAACCAGGACUGAGCUUUUCCAGCCGCAACCCGCUACCGGAGUCUGGAGUAGGUACUGGCGAAGAUGAUAGCUUGGCACAAGUGAUUGGCCCUGGAGAGGCAGCCGAUGAUGAAGAUGAGAUUGCGGAGGCGGAGGAGAUUCGCGGUAGACCAUUUGAAGGAGACUCUGGCAUCGGUACAAGCAUGGAGAGUGAACACGCCUCCUCGGCACUUUUCAGGAGACGAAGUUCAAGAGGCGGCACCUACAAACGAGUCUAA